AUGUACAACUACAGAUCUCUACUGAUAUUGUCCAAAUCUUCCUCACUUGGCUUGACUGCCGUCUGCUGGAAGGCGUGUCAUGAACUGCCAAGAGCUGAAAGAGGGACCAGCAUAUUAAAGUCCAUGACGUCCCAAGUAGUGUACCGUCUACAAGUUGCCCCGGGAUCACUCAUCGUAAAAUCCCCAAAGUCGACCGCAAGCGGGUGGGUUUUUGUGGGCUUCAGCAGAUUUCCCGUGGAUUCACCUGAAUUUCUGCAUCUUUAUCAGAUUCGACAAGAGUGGGUUUUCCUCAUUGAACACCGACGUGCCCAAUCAGCGCUUUACCAAAACCAACUAGUCCGGCUGUCGGUUGUUAAUCACCGGCCGUUCCUUCCACGCACUGCCGCCCGGUAUCCUGUAAGUUACAUGUAUGUAAUUACGGUAACAAAACGCCGGCCAGACACAACCAACACUCACUGCAAGCCGCUGUCGGGUUGUCGAGCAAUGCCGGCACUGCGUCUCCACCGUCAUCAACCAAACACCCGACAACCUACACUACCUUUGUACGCUGCGGUAGCAACUCCAUCAACGACAUGA